GGCAGCGCUUAGCUCGGCUCGCUGUUUAGCCGCCGGCCCCGAGCCGACGCCCUGCGGACCCUGAACCGUCGCCCCGCUGACUUCCAACCCCACACACCGAACCGUCAUCAUGGUGAAGCAUGUAGAAAGCCUGGUGGAAUUUGAGAAGGAACUGGUAGCUGCUGGUGAGAAGCUUAUAGUCGUUGAUUUUUCUGCCACGUGGUGUGGACCAUGCACAAUGAUCAAGCCCUAUUUCCAUAGUUUGUGUGAGAAGUAUCGUGAUGUGGCGCUGUUCAUUGAAGUUGAUGUGGAUGAUAUGCCGGAUAUUGCUACACACUGUGACGUGAAGUGCAUGCCAACAUUCCAAUUCUACAAGCAUGGAAAGAAGAUUCAUGAGUUCUCUGGGGCCAACAAAGAGAAGCUGGAAGAGACCAUUCAAAAACUGGCCUAAUCUCCACCCAUGGAACACAUUGAAACUUGAUUGACAAAAUUAUAUCCUGUAACUUUUUUAAAAAAUCAGAACACAGUGGUGGAGACUAUCCUCUUGAUCUAUGUAACAUUAAAGCGCAUAUUCUUCA